AGAACUUCUGAAGUCCAAAAAUAGAAAAAAAAGAAAAAGAAAAAGAAAACCCAUUUGACCUCUAUUCGCGAAAGACCGUAGCCUGCCACGAGUCAAAGUGUCAAACACCCACAACACCUGCUGAGUCACUUGUACUUUGUUCUAUCAACGUUGUACAUCUACCCUCUGUGUGUCAACUGCAAUAGGUAUAAGCCUCCAGGUUUUGGUCGGAAAACCUCUCUCUCUCUCUCUCUCUCUCGCUCUCUCUCACUAUUUCCUUUCACACCCUUAAAAGCCGUUAGCCGACACAGCUAGGCAAAUUCUCUUCUCUUACAAAACACGCAGUGGAAUAGAUGUACAUAGAGGCGUUGAUUGUGUAUAUAUAUACAUACAAGUUUUAUUUUCUAUUUUUUAAAUUUAAUGAUCAAGUAAUCCGCCCUCGUUGAUCGUCUACGCGUUUAUCGAUUCUCUAUAGGGGAAGAGUGUCCUUGUAAGUUGCAUGACUAUUGCUGCUGAGGCUUCUUCUCAUAUUUGAUGAAUCUCAGUGAACAGAAUAAUAUGUUUACUGAGACAUCAUUUGGAGAAAAUGCAAGUGAAAUUAAAGAAGAGUCACCCGUGGUUGAUCUGGAUUUGAUCACUGGAAAAUUAUCAGUUUGUCCGGAACCGAAUGAAUCUUCUUGUGUGGGAGCUGGUGGAUCAUCUAUGAGCAUGGUCAAUUCAGAUGUUUCUGGUGCUGACCACCUUCUUUCGGCUUUCGGUUCUAUCAGCGUUUCUGACCGAUUUGAGCCAAGGGAUAAUACAACAGAUGGUAUUAAAGCUGAUGCUUUGUUUUACAUUGGCGAAGCUGAUCCAUCUGGACAGAGACCUGAUGAGGCAAAAUAUAUUAGUAAAUUUGAUUUUUCUGAGUCAGCCAGUAUUGCUGAACCAUCUAGCCGAAUGGAUGGUGAAGCUGAAGUUUUGGUUGGAACUGACAAAUCCUGCAAAUCAAAUCAUCCUCAAAUUUUAUACACAUCGUUGCAGAGGAGUGCCUGCGAUACUAAAUCAAGUCAGAACAAUGAGUCCCAAAAACCAUCAAAACAAAAAGGUAGGAGGAUACCAAGCAAAAAAUCUGUAUUGGAUUUAAGUUCCUUGCCAAUAUUAAGAAGAAGUAGAAGUUCAUUCUCCAAGCCUGCUCGAUCUUCUGUUUGGGGAUAUUUGGGGAAUAUCUUACCAGUUACGGAAGGAAAUAGUGAGCUUGAUCAAGACAUAGGUAAAGAGAAAAAACUAAGAAAAGUUGGAGGAGGUAAAGGAAAACAUAAUGCUACCAAGGGCCAGAUAGGUCGAAAAUCAACCAAGAAAAGGUGCGGUACAACUGGUCGUAUCUCUUUGAAGAUUAGGAUUGGCAAUAAAAGCUGUAGUUUGGGGGAUGCUGCUGAAAAUCUUAGUGCAUCAGGGAAUGACAUUGCUGAAAUAUUUGACACAAUGGAAAACAAGUUGGGAGAAGAAAUGUCUCGAGAUACGAUAUCUCCAUGUGAGAAGAAUUUAGAGAAUGCGACUUCUCCUGAUGCCUCUGCUUUGAGCACUCAUCUUGAUGACAGUGGUGCUCUUUGUAAUUCUUCCUUAAAUAAUUCAAGUGACUUCCAUCAAAUCAUAAGUCACGACAACAGUGUUAAUAUGGGAGCUCCCAUUGAAAACCAUUGUUCAGAUGUAGGAACUUCGCCUGAUUCAGAAGUUAUAAACUCCGUUCCUGAUGGUUCAUUUUGUGAAAAAGAGUUACCAGAUAUACAUGAUAGUCCGAUUAUGUCAAAGGAGUAUGUUCCUCCAAGUGAUGUCUCAAAUUUGAUUUUGUCAAGGGAGAAGUUCAAGAAAGGAAAGAAGACAGAUAAACUACGUCUGGUAGGUAAUUGUACUUUGGAAAGCAAACAAACUGGUGGACAAACCAUGGAUACUGCUAACUUAUCCAUCCCAAUUGGGGAUUUUACAAGUUUGAGUUUGCCUCAUUCUAAAUGUAAGAAAGGAAAGAAGAAAGAUAAACUCGACGAGGUUGGUGAUCUUAGUGUGCAUGGCGAGCUAACUGGCACAGACACCACAAAUAAUGCCGAAGUACCUGCAGAUCAUGGAGUGGGCGAGAAAGUGGGUGAUGCCUCCAUGAUAACAACUGUAAAACCAUAUCCUGAUGGUGCUGAAACAAAUGCUUGUUCUGGGCUUGUUGCUGCAAGUGUGUCCCCAAACUCACCGGUCCAUGAAAAGUUAAUUCCUAGCAAGAAUGGCCGAAAACUCCCUAAAUGCUCCAGAGCAAAGGGAGUUCGCAAAGCCAGGUCUAGAAUCUUAGAUUUACCCUGUGAGAGAAACAAAGCCUCUAAAAGGAAGGGAAAGAAAAGCAAUGUUGGUGGCAAGCAUCAAGCUACUGAGGUUGGUGCUAAUGGUGCCCUUAGUGGAGUGGAAAGCCUUCUGGAAGCAGGAAAUCAAAAAUCAUCUGAUCUUGGAGAAACUGCAGCUUUUAGCAAAGAUAUAAGUGCUCCAAGAAGUGACCAGCAAAAUUCAUCUGGUGGGGUGAGGGAGCAAUAUACCCCACCAAGGAAUGCGUGGGUGCUUUGUGAUGAGUGCCAAAAAUGGCGGCGCAUACCAGCCGCACUUGCAGAUCAAAUAGAAGAAACUAACUGUGGAUGGACUUGCAAAGAUAACACAGAUAAAGACUUUGCUGACUGCUCAAUUCCUCAAGAGAAGUCAAACUCAGAAAUCAAUGAAGAGCUGGAAAUAUCUGAUGCUUCCUGUGAGGAGGAUGCCUGCGGUAACUUCCUGAAGUCUAAGCAAUAUCGACCAAAGGUUGCUCAGCAGGCAUCUUGGUCACUUAUUAAAACAAACUUGUUUCUGCACCGGAGCCGCAAAACUCAAACCAUGGACGAGGUAAUGGUUUGUCAUUGCAAACCUCCAUCAGAUGGCAGAAUGGGUUGUGGAGCUAAAUGUUUGAAUCGGAUGCUUAACAUUGAGUGUGUUCAAGGAACUUGCCCUUGUGGUGAACUUUGUUCAAAUCAGCAGUUUCAAAAACGCAAGUAUGCUAAACUGAAGUGGUGCAGGUGUGGAAAGAAGGGCUACGGCCUUCAGGCUCUUGAGGAUAUAUCUGAGGGUCAGUUUCUUAUAGAAUAUGUUGGAGAGGUGCUUGAUGUUCAUGCUUAUGAAGCAAGACAAAGAGUGUACGCCUUAAACGGUCAUAAACAUUUUUACUUCAUGACAUUGAAUGGGAGUGAGGUAAUCGAUGCAUGCGCUAAAGGGAAUUUGGGUCGGUUUAUAAACCAUAGUUGUGACCCUAACUGCCGUACGGAAAAGUGGAUGGUGAAUGGAGAAGUUUGCAUUGGACUAUUUUCUUUAAGGGAUAUUAAGAAGGGUGAAGAGGUUACAUUUGAUUACAACUAUGUACGUGUAUUUGGGGCUGCUGCCAAAAAAUGCGUUUGUGGUUCCCCUAAUUGUCGGGGCUAUAUAGGUGGUGAUCCCUUGAACUCUGAAGUAGUUGUUCAGGAUGAUUCAGAAGAUGAGUGUUUGGAACCUGUUAUGAUCUGUGGAGAUAGAGAUAUGAAUGAUGAUUGGAAUGAUAUAAUGUCAAAUUCCCUGAAUGGUGGACAGCAUGAAAUUGCAAGUAAACCACCAGCAAACAAAUACAAUAUGAAGAAACAGAUUAGUACUGUUGGUGAGAGCAUUACAGAGUCACACACUUCAGAACCUUUAACUCAAAAGGUCGAGGGUGUUAAAGCUGUGCAGGUUGAGAAAAGCAUGGUUCAGGAUAGAUCUGAAGUUGAAAACUCUGUUGCUAAUGAUUCUGCUACUGAUGCUCUUGAGCUGUUGGAUAUCAACAAAAUUACUGGCCAGGCCUUGGAUGGAUCUGUAUCAGCUACUUCAAAAGUUGAAUCUGAGGGCCUCCAGUCUCAGAUGCAUUUUUCUUCCCAACUCAUGGAUAUUUCCUAUCAGUCAGAUCGUUUUGAGACCAAAGCAAUGUCUUCUACUCAUCAAUUGGCGAUUAUGGCAGCAUCGCCUAUCAAUUCAUUGUCUGAUAUGGUUGAAUCUAAGAGGAAAUUGAAAUAUGCUGCUGUGGGGGGAAGGCAUGAACUACCAAAAUCCAAUUCUCUUGCUAAGACUAAUUCAUCUUCGUCAAUUAGAAAAGGGAAACAUAGAACGAAUGUUGUGAAUGACAAAGAAACUAUAGAUGUGGAUACUUUAAAUGCAGCAGCGGAGAAAUCCAAAAAGUUACCAGAACUUUCCGUAAAUAAUCGUUUUGAAGCUGUUGAGGAGAAACUGAACGAGCUGCUUGAUCCCAAAGGGGGAAUAAGCAAGCGGAAAGAUGCAUCUAAAGGCUACUUGAAGCUUCUUUUUCUAACUGCUGCAUCGGGGAAUAAUGGCCAUGGUGAAGCUAUUCAGAGUAAUAGAGAUCUUUCAAUGAUCUUGGAUGCACUUUUGAAGACAAAAUCUCGGACUGUUCUGGUUGAUAUAAUCAAUAAGAACGGUUUGCAGAUGUUACACAACAUAAUGAAGCGGUAUAGGAAAGAGUUUAUCAAAACCCCGAUUCUGCGCAAGCUUCUCAAGGUACUGGAAUAUCUGGCAGCCCGGGAGAUUCUUACUUCAGAGCACAUAGCUGGUGGUCCACCUUGUCCAGGAGUGGAGAGCUUUAGAGAUUCAAUAUUGAUUCUGACAGAACAUGCUGACAAACAGGUCCACCAAAUUGCACGAAACUUCCGGGAUAGGUGGAUUCCAAGACAUCUCAGGAAAAAUUGCUGCAUGGAAAGGGAUGAUGGGAAGAUUGAAUUUCAUCAUCAGCAUUUAAGCUAUGGUGGGUUUUCAGUGUCAUACAAUCAUUUGUGCGAUAGAGGCGCAAAACCUUCAGAACGGAUAAACACUCCUGAAAUGCAAUCAGCUGCUGCAUCUGGUACAGUUGAGACUUCCACUCCAGACCUGCCCUCUGCUUUGGGUACUAGCUUUGGAAACAACAUGACUAAAACGCGCAAGCGCAAGAGUCGAUGGGAUAACCCAGUGGAGGACUACCCGCAUUCAAGAAGUAGAAUCAACGUGGCAGGUGAUGAAAAGCUGAACAUUGAUGAGGAUGCCCCUCCUGGGUUUUCAUCUCCUUGUAAUGGCGGCCAUAGGGUUCAAUCUGAUGCUGCUGCAACUACUAUCAAUCACCAGGAAAGAGAGACAUGUAUAAAGCAGCAUCCAGUUGACAUUAUAUCAGGUGAUUCACAGUUGAGGUUUGUUGCACGUAUGCCUCUUUCCUAUGGGGUCUCCUACUCUGUCAUGCAGCAAUUUGGUGUCCGUAAAGCAGAAACAUCUGACUGUUGGACUGUAGCUCCAGGAGUGCCAUUCCACCCAUUUCCUCCAUUGCCUUCAUACCCCCAUGGCAAGGAAGAAUUACCAACAUCUGCUGCUGGAUGCGCAUCAUUUAGUGAAACGGCAGAAAAGAUAGAACAAAAUAAUGAUACCUGUGUCACUUAUCACACUGGUCAAAUACAUCCAGGAAUAUGCAGCAUCGACCCGCCAGAACAAAAUCUCUCAGUUGCAAAUGGCCUGCCAGAUUUUCAGCAAGGGGGUUUGUGUAGCUUGGGAAGGAAAUACUUUAGGCCAAAGUGGAAUCAUUCAAAGUUAGCCCCACCAUGGGUUCGCAUGAGAAACGGUUGGGGGCAUGCAGGGAACAACACAAGAAAUGUUCCGCCAGGAAUUGGUUUUGGAAAUGGACCGAACGAGUUUAGGAAUUCAUACAACUUGGAGAAUGUUAACUGGAGAGGAGUUUCUUAAACAUGAAACUCAUCAGCAUUGAUUAUGAAAAAUCACCUUAAUUUUAUAGAAGAUACUUGAGGAGCUAUUAAAAACAUUCUGAUGCUCCUUUUUUAUGUACCAUAAUUCUUUACUGCACAGUAUUCCUAUAUUACAAUAUUCUUUUG